AAUUGAAAAAACAAAUUAUACAAUGUUUAGCCAAUUUUUAAUUUUAUAUUUCCACAAACAUGAUAUAAAGCAAUUGGCAUGGUUGAAAAAGAUUAGAGAAUGAAAUUUACCAUUUACAAUAUCACUACACAGCCUGAAAACCGUCAGUUUCUCUAUUAAUAGUUUCUCCAUCCACACAAUGUCCAUGUUUUUCUUGAAAUACAGCAGGCAUAUUGGCAACUUCCGUGGCUACAAUGUAGCAAUACAGAACAAAACUCUGCCUGGUGAAGUAGAGAUUGCACGUUUAUCCUGAUCGCAACCUGUUCAAGAUUAGACGACUUCUGUUUUUUUUUCUCUUCAUAUUUUUUAUAAAUAUUUCAUUUGUGAAAUAUGGGCCCAAGACGAGUUUUUGAGAAGAAACACGAGUUGGAAUUUCACUAUCAAGUUUGAUUUUGCCGGUUUGCACAGGUGCAGUUUUGUAACCUAUGAAUGCUUAUUACAACCAUCAUCAUCAUUUGAAGUUUGAAAACAUGUAAAUCCUAAAGCUUUCAAUUGAUGUGCUUCAUUUGCAGGUAAAAGGUCUGGCUACCCCUUUCACUUUUAACCAAACAGUGAAGAUGGCAUCAAAUGUUACAGUUCAAUCAGUGUUGGAGAAGAUUAGUGUGGAUCAUCUGGAAUGCUCUAUCUGCACCAACCGUUUCAGGCAGCCCAAACUGCUGGACUGUUUGCAUAGUUUUUGCCUGCAAUGCCUCCAAGAGCUCAGACAGAGCCAAGAUCCUCGUGGUACAAAGCUGACAUGUCCUCUGUGCAGGUGUGAAACUACAUUGAAAGGGUCUGGGGUUGCUGAUCUCCCUAAUAACGUUGCAUUCAGUGCUCUGGUGGAGGAAGUUACAAUGCAGGAAAAGCUGCUGAAAGGUCAAGGCUCAGACAUCAAAUGUCAAAAUUGUGAUGAGGAGAAUCAGGCUAUUUCAAGAUGCAUGGACUGUGAUCAUUUCCUCUGUCAAGAAUGUCAAAAGGCACAUGGACGUAUUGCUGUCGUGAAAUCUCACAAAAUCUACACACUGGCCCAACUUCGAUCAGGAGAGAUAGUGUACAAGAGUAAACUAAGAGAAGAAGUUCCCAAAUGUGGCAAGCAUCAAGAUCAGAAUCUCAAUGUCUACUGUAAUACAUGUGCGCAAGUCAUAUGUACAACUUGCUCUGUACUUGAUCAUGCCAAACACUCUCUCAUUGGCCUUCCAGUGGCUUUUGACAAAUGUAAGAAAAAGGUAGAAGAACUUGUUGCAAAAGUUGGUAAAAACAAAACAGAACUGAACACCACCAUAGAGAAGACUUGCAUAUCUCGGAAUAAACUCCACAUCAUGUUUGCAAACACCAAGAAAAAAAUCUCAGAAAAAGCUGACCAAGAGGUUGCCAAGAUCCGACAGGAGGAGCAGAAACUGUUAAAAGAGACUGACAGGAUUUAUCAAAAAAGAGUAACAACAUUUGAUGCAGCUCAAUCCAAUAACAGCAAAGAUGUGACCCAGACAAAGCACAAGCUGGAUGAGGUGAAAAGACUCAUGAAUCAAGCAAGUUGCUAUGAGAUUCUUGAACUUCAGCAGAAACUCUUGCAUAACCUCAGUGAAUUGACAGGGAAACAGCCACAGCAGGUUCCUGACAAGUUGACUUUCAUGGACUUUGAAGAAGGUGAGAGGUCACUUGGGAGACUCAUUCUGAAAGAAGAGCCAAAGGCUGCAGCAAAGCAAUCACCAAGACCUGCAAGAUCAUGUGUGAAGGAGAAAUGGGAACUGAAGACUGAUAUCAAGAACUUUGAAUUAGGAAAUACACGGCUACGACAUGUGUCAGCACUCUCUGACAAUAACAUAGUAUUAACCAAUUUGAAAAAUACACUAUUCACAGUAUCACUGACCAAUAUUCAACAUACACCAUCUAUUAUCCCACAAAGGCUACAAAUCAAUGGCCUCACUGAUGAUGUAAGGUGUACUGCAGUGAGUAAAGAUGACAAGCUCCUUGCUCUAGAUGGUCCAGUAGUCAAGUUCUUCAACAGGCAACAUCAGCUCCUCCAUCAGUUCACACCAGGUAGAGGGUCAGACAGCCAACCAACAUGCCUUGCAGUGGAUGACAGCAAUCUGAUAGCAGUGGGUUAUGAAGAUGAGGAGGAGAUAUCUCUACACAACCCAGAUGGAUCCAUCAUCAGGAGACUGCCUGCUCCAAUGGUUGGAGGUUAUCUGGCAAUGUACAAUCACCGCCUUUUCUACACAACAUUUCAGAACAAAAGGUUGGUUUGUGCAGACUACUAUGGUGCCAGUGUAUUCUCAGUAGACAUGACCAGCAACAUGCAGGGGGAUUGGCACCCUACUGGUGUGUGCUGUGACAGUGAUGGCAGCAUCUAUGUUGCUGUGGGUGGAUAUUCAACAGGUUUUAUUCUGCAUUACAGUCCUGAUGGCAAGUACAUUGGAUGUGUGAUCGAGGGAUGUGGUUCUCCACGUGGCAUCACAUUCACAUCAGGUGGUGAUCUGGUAGUGGCUGCAGGACUGUCUGUAAAGGUCUAUCACCGAGUGUAAGGACAGAUUAAUUAAACUGGGGCUAUCCAGUGUAUCCACCAACCACUUCCAUCAGACAUUGCAUAUUGUUAAUUAUCACAAAAAGAACCUUGAAGUUCAUCUCUUGAAUAAGACAUUCAACAAUACUCUAUAUUUGGUUUAUUUCUAAGGUAUUUCCUCUCCGUACGUGUUGACUCUCAUACCUCAACAUCUUCCCUUUUAACACCCGCUCUACUUGCUACUUCCUAUAAAAUCACAGAUCUGGGGGCCCAAUAAUGAGAGCAAAGAAACGACCCUUCACAUUGUUUGCAAAUAGGGCAGAUUGCACAUUUUAAAAUUAUUAAAAAACGAGAGGGAAAAUAUUACCACGAGAGGCAAUUCAAUUUUUUCGGAUUCAUCUCAGCAAAUGCAAAGUGAAUGCAUGAUGUGUUUUACAGGUAUAAGAUAUAACCCUGCUCCUUUGUAAAAUGUAAAGAUUUCCUUGGAUUUUGUUAUUCAAUAUUUCCAAUUAUGGGGAAAAUUGUUGAGUUAAAAAAAACACAACUUAGUUUCAAAUGAGAAAGAUUUUGCACCUCCGUGUACAUGAGACAAAAGUAAAUACUCAAAAGCAACUGAACGAAAUAUGUGAUUUUGAACUAAAGUGAUAGUUUCAAAGUAAAUCAUAUGCAAUCCCUUGGUUGUCUCUUUUACAGUGCUUUCCGAGUGCCUCAUC